AGUUUUCUGCUAACUUCUCUGUUGUUGUCAACAUGACCGUAGGACAGAAUUAGGAUAACAGUGAUAAUGUUGUUCAAUUGUGGCAAAUAACUUUCCCGUUUAAAAUGUCAACAUACACAACUAUUCAGUUACCGCACUGGGAUGGUAACAACCUAAAAAUCCGCUUCGUAUACCUGGCAAAUAGAAGCUCAUUCAAAGUGACGAGCUGUCCUAUCGAGGGACCAAUGGUUCCUCUCUUUUUAGGGGCUGAUCUCUUCUCCAACACUGAAAUCCGUACAGAGAACCAUCCCCGGUAUCACGCAAAGUUUGCAAAGAAAGGAUUGGCAACAAAACUGCAUUUCUCUUCUGCUUUUAGAUUCCAUGGCCUGAGGGUUCCUACUGGCAGCAAUUGCCUAUGGUUCUACAGCAUCCAAGGUGUUUUUCGAGUGGCCUUUGAAAUGUACAAUAAACAAGAGCAGCUGUCUGUAUUGGAGAACUUUCAGGAGUUAUGGAAGUCCCGCCUAAAUGACAUUCCAUUAAAGAUGAACUACAGUCUCACUGUUCAGCUGGAUCCUCUGCCAUCCCAGGUCAUUGUGGACAUGUAUGACCAAGAAUUAAAGCUCAAACUGAUGUCUCAGAGCCUCCAAGGUAACCUACAUGAAGCUGUGGAUAUCCCCCAGACUGACACUGGCUCACCAGUGUUCACUUCAGCAGAUCACGAUUACUGCACACUCACAGAUAAGAGUUUGCUGGCACAGCCAGUCCACCUCUGUGCCUCAGUCUUAAGUAAGAAACUACAGGCCUUGGAGGCAAAGCUCAGCUCAGACCAAACUCUCGGGACCAACCAGCUGGAGACCAUCCUGCUUCUUUUGGAAAACAUUGAGCGCUGUGUGAGCAGGCCCCUGGAGGAAAGGGAUGUGGCAGAGACUGUAAUAACUCUGCUUGAUGCUCAGAAGUUGAGGUCUGUGUACUCCAGCCACUUGCUUUAUUCCAUAGGCCGCUGGCUUGGCCAGCAGUUUCAUGCGGCCAACAGCUGUAUCAGCCAGCAGGUAGAGGACUUCAAGGUGCGGCACAUAGAGAGAAUCACAGAUCUGCCACCUGCAGAGGAACUGGCCUCAGAACUGUUUCCAGAGGCAAUGCGAACUCUGCUACUCCACUGGAUGGGUCUGAGUAAUGAUUCAACCCUGUGGAAGAGACAAUGCGAGUACCCCAUUCUGCUACUAAUCCUGGAAUUUGCCAACCACAACCUUAUCACUGGUGUGGCACAUGUACUUUACUCAAGUCUUAAGGUUAAUUUAGAUCCACCUGAUUCGGAAGGUUUAGGUACAACUUCUUUUAUGUGAAUAAAGAUGCUGGGCACCAGCAAAAUCACAAGCCAAUCCCCAGUUAAGUAUAGUUUCCAAAGCAUUGUGAUGGUCCCACGUGGAGACAAAUCAAUGACACUUCUCAGGAUGGAUGGGGUGCAGUUCUCAAUUCAUGUAUCAUCUCACCUGCUUGUGACCAAAAGUGCUACAGCAUUGCCUUCAUAGCUUAGAACAGUGUUUCCCAAUCCUGGCCCUCAGGACCCAAAGGGGUGCAUGUUUUUUGCCAAAGCACUCACACA